AAAAAACUUUUAGAAUUCAUUCACUUUUUUUUUGUUUUACUUUCUAUCCACCAAAAAUGGCGAAAUUUCUUAAUCAAUUUAAAUUUUUUCAUUUCUAGAUAUAAAAAUCAGAACCAGCCAAACCAGUAGCAGAAGAAGGAGAGAGAUACAGUUAUACAUUCAUGGGAUUAGCAAUUACACGAACCAGAUUCUGAAUUUUAAGUUCCAACUCAACCGAAGAAGAUUAAGGGAAAAGUACGAAAAUGGACGGAACGGCGUCGUCUUGUGCACAAUCCAUCGAUCGGGUGGUGGAGGAGAUCAUGAGAAUUCACAGAUUGUUGCCGGCGAGGCCGGCAAUUGACGAAGUAGAAGCGGCGCAGGCAUUGAUUCUGAACGUGGACAAAGAAGACCAAGCGAGAAUGGAAGUAAUCGUCAAACAAACAAAGAGUCCCGAUGUUCCUGAAGAGCUGUUCUCAAUCUUGUUAGAGAUGCAAAAGAAUUUAGUUUAUUUUCAAGGCGCAGAGCAGAAGCGAGAGGCUCUGAAAUUGCUUGAUCUUGAAAAUAUUCAUUUUCUGUUUGAUGAAUAUAUUCAGAGAGCUUCUAGAUGCUUGCCGUCUUCCAAUUCUAAUGGCCCGGCUUCUACAGCAAGUUUCUCCAAUGUUACUGCCCCUGCAUCUGUUAAUAAUUCAUCAUCCAACUUGUAUUACAGUGAGCAGAAGCCUUUGAAGAGUAGUUCUGAAUUGUUCACUAGAGAUGACAGCUAUGUCACCAAGGUGAAGCCGUCUCUCUAUUCGGAGGGAAUUGGCGGUCGUGUUGGAGGCGGUGUUUCUGUGACGCCUAGGAUUGUUGACUCCUCUCUAAAAACCACUGCUACGGCUUCAGGUCAAGAUGGCGAAAAGUUGAGUCUGAUUAAGCUUGCUAGUUUGAUUGAAGUGUCGAAGAAGAAAGGCGCGAAAGAUCUGAACCUCCAAAAUAAGUUGAUGGAUCAGAUUGAAUGGCUGCCUGACUCGUUAGGCAAGCUGUCCAGCUUGGUUUCGUUGGACUUGUCCGAGAACAGGAUUGUGGCGUUGCCGUCCACGAUUGGUGGCCUUUCGUCGUUGACCAAAUUGGAUUUGCAUGCUAAUAAAAUUGCUCAACUUCCUGAUUCCAUUGGAGAUCUUUUCAGCCUAGUUGUUUUGGAUGUGAGGGGUAAUCAGUUAAUGUCUUUGCCUGCUACAUGUAGCAGAUUGGUACGUCUUCAGGAGCUUGAUUUGAGCGCUAAUAGCCUCUUGUCUCUCCCUGAAUUUAUUGGUUCGCUCAUUAGCUUGAAGAUUUUGAAUGUGGAGACCAAUAACAUUGAAGAGAUUCCGCAUAGUAUUGGUAAGUGUUCGUCACUAAAGGAGCUUCGUGCAGAUUAUAACAGGCUUAAGGCUCUCCCAGAAGCUGUUGGAAAGAUAGAAACGCUGGAGGUUCUGUCUCUUCGUUAUAACAACAUCAAACAGCUACCUACAACUAUGUCAUCGCUAUCAAACUUGAAAGAGCUCAAUGUGAGUUUCAAUGAGCUCGAGUCACUGCCUGAGAGUUUGUGUUUUGCUACCUCACUUGUCAAGAUUAAUAUAGGAAACAAUUUUGCUGAUAUGCAAUAUCUACCGAGGUCUAUUGGGAACCUGGAGAAUCUUGAAGAGCUUGACAUUAGCAAUAACCAGAUACGCUUCCUUCCCGACUCUUUCAGGAUGCUAUCCAAACUACGCGUCCUACGCGCUGAAGAAAACCCUUUGGAAGUGCCACCUAGACAUAUAGCUGAAAAGGGUGCUCAGGCUGUUGUUCAGUACAUGACUGAACUUGUUGAGAAGAGGGAUGUGAAAGUACAGCCCGUAAAGCAAAAAAAAAGUUGGGCUCAAAUAUGUUUCUUUUCAAAGUCUAACAAAAGGAAGCGCAGUGGCAUGGACUAUGUGAAAGCUUGAAUUUCAGCAUUUGAAACAAAUAGUAUGAUGCAACUUUGAUGUUUGGACUUUUAGCAGUUUCUAAAGCAGUUAUAUCUGCUCGACAAAGAAAAAUCACUACAAGAAGCUGCCGACUCGUUUUGUAAAACAUGGAUCUUACACUUGCUCCUCAAAUUGUAGAUGUACGUUCUCUUUUUUCUGGUUCAUUACAUAAUUGUUUUGAUUUUUGGUUUCUCUGUAUCUGUUGUUGUUAAAGUGUAAUGAGGUGUAUAAAUCAGCAGGCAGAUAGGAAGGGAAGAGUAGACUGUCAUCUGUGUUCAUCAUUGUUGUUUGAACUUUGACUUUACUCUUCUUACCACGUCAAUAGAAUCUUUCAUUUGGACAAUUUUAGAUUCAACACAAUCUAGAAUCUAUCGUCUUAGUAAAAUUGCAAUUAUGUUUCAUGUAUAUGGUCAUAUUUGAAUUGUAGAUCAAUGACUUUCUCCUUGCCACAUCUGUUUUUUUGUAUUAUUCAAACGUACUGAAAUAAGCUGUGAUUUUUUUA